UGAAAUAGUGAAAGCGUUGCAUAAGAGAUCAGAUAAUUUUUAUUUUCCUUGUUUCUUGUAACUCGUAAAAGUUUUCAGAAACAUUUGGACGACAUUAAUUACAUGAAAGUUAAUAAUUUAAUCAAAAGAAAGAGUUAUCAUGAAUGUUUCGAAAGCACGAAUUACUUUGGAGACCUUGAAUACGGAGGAAUUGUUGGAACGUAUUCCAACAAUAGUUUAUUUAUCAUUGGUCAUGGUGAUCGGGAUACCUGGGAAUACUUUGGUAAUGCUGAUAUAUUUCGGAUCGUUAUGGAAACUUGAAAGAGCACACUGGACUUUUAUUCGUACCAUUACUAUUGUAGAUUUCCUUAUAUGCAUAAUCCUUAUCCCUUUUGAAUUUUACCAGCAGACACACCAGUUAACAUUUUAUGCAGAGAGUGCAUGUAAGUCGUUCAAAGUGAUUAGUGUUCAUCUAUUUGUAAUGGCUUCACUGUUGCAAGUGAUGAUGUCCGCUAAUAGACUGCAUAGAAUUUGGUGGCCAUUAAAAGUUCCUUUAUCAUCACGUCAAGCUUUUGUUAGCGUCAUUGUUCUUGGGAUCGUUGUAACAGCAGUUUCCUGGCCUGAAGGUAUAUUAAGUGGAAUAAAUCUAAAACAUCAAAAAAACAAUAUAACUGGGUAUGACUGCGGUCUAGCUGACAGGUAUAAGCGCAAAAUACAUUCCUUCACUUACAGCGUUGUGAUACUUGUAGGCUUUAUAGUAUGUGUCUCUACUUUAAUAACAAUGUAUACAAUCAUAUGGAAUAUACUCAGAAAGAGAGGAAAUUUCAGGUCAACAAAUUCUGCACAUCCACAGAUAGACAUCCCUAAUGAGUCUAGUGGUGUCCGAACUGUUAAGUUAGAACAUGAAAGUAGCUUUUCAAAUAAAUUUGUAAGUCAGAAAAUCAAAGAUAAUUCUUCCGGCUCCAGUACCAAAUCUAUCCAGAGAAAAAGGAACGCUUCGCAAAGAAAUCGAAAAUCAAGAAAAGUGACAAAAACAGCAUUUUUUAUAAGCAUUGCAUUUAUUUUUAGUAAUUUACCUUAUAUCACAGUGAAAAUGUUCUCCGCCCUAUCUACCAGUCAGUACAAGCCAGAUAGUGUCAUUCAAGGAAUUAUACCAAUUUUAUCUAGAAGUUUUCUCCUCAACAAUAUUGUAAAUCCGUUUGUGUAUGUUUGUCUAGAUCAGACAUUCCUUACACAUUGCAAACGAGUAUUAUUUUGUAGAGUUAGGUGAAAUUUGCAAUCUCUGAAAAAAAAAACCAACAGAUUUUCAAAGAAUAUUAAGAUUCUGUUCAAAGCGGAAUUAUUCUUACAUAUUACUGAUUGUCUCCCCUAUUUUCUCUUCUCGUCAUGUGCAUGCAAAAUUAUGUAAUCUUCUAUUCUAUUCUUUUGUUCUGUAUUUCAUUUAAUUAUUUCAUUAUCAUAAAAAUAAGCAUUGUAAACAUUGUAUGAAAAUUAAAAACCGCCAGGGUCAAUAAUUUGAAUAAUUAAGAAUUUCUAUUUCUAUACUGAAAACGUAUAAAUGUGUUUUC